AUGAUUAAUGCAGUGUCUCCAGAGCAGUGCGGCCCGGACUCACCUGGCCCGGUCCAGAGCAGUGCGAUCCAGACUCAUCUGGCCCAGUCCAGAGCAGUGCGGUCCAGACUCACCUGGCCCGGUCCAGAGCAGUGCGGUCCAGACUCACCUGGCCCGGUCCAGACUCACCUGGCCCGGUCCAGAGCAGUGCGGUCCAGACUCACCUGGUCCGGUCCAGAGCAGUGCGGUCCAGACUCACCUGGCCCGGACUCACCUGGCCCGGUCCAGAGCAGUGCGGUCCAGACUCACCUGGCCCGGUCCAGAGCAGUGCGGUCCAGACUCACCUGGCCCGGUCCAGAGCAGUGCGGUCCAGACUCACCUGGCCCGGUCCACAGCAGUGCGGUCCAGACUCACCUGGCCCGGUCCAGAGUAGUGCGGUCCAGACUCACCUGGCCCGGUCCAGAGCAGUGCGGUCCAGACUCACCUGGCCCGGUCCAGAGCAGUGCGAUCCAGACUCACCUGGCCCGGUCCAGAGCAGUGCGGUCCAGACUCACCUGGCCCGGUCCAGAGCAGUGCGGUCCAGACUCACCUGGCCCGGUCCAGACUCACCUGGCCCGGACUCACCUGGCCCGGUCCAGAGCAGUGCCGUCCAGACUCACCUGGCCCGGUCCAGAGCAGUGCGGUCCAGACUCACCUGGCCCGGUCCAGAGCAGUGCGGUCCAGACUCACCUGGCCCGGACUCACCUGGCCCGGUCCAGAGCAGUGCGGUCCAGACUCACCUGGCCCGGUCCAGAGCAGUGCGGUCCAGACUCACCUGGCCCGGUCCAGAGCAGUGCCGUCCAGACUCACCUGGCCCGGUCCAGAGCAGUGCGGUCCAGACUCACCUGGCCCGGUCCAGAGCAGUGCGGUCCAGACUCACCUGGCCCGGUCCAGAGCAGUGCGGUCCAGACUCACCUGGCCCGGUCCACAGCAGUGCGGUCCAGACUCACCUGGCCCGGUCCAGAGUAG